AUGGCGGCAGGACGCAUCUCGGAGGAGCUCCUCCACCAAUAUGCAAAAAACAGCACUAUACAGCCCAUUACAGCUCGAUCUGAGCAACGCCACUCGACACCCAAGCUACCUGACUUACCGACAAAGCGGAAAGAAGGUUGGCAACUCGGGACGCCGGUCCUGCUGCCUCCGUGGGAAAAGAGGCCUGGCGGGCGCCGGACGGGGAAAGCGGCCGAUCCCCUGCUUCGGAGCAACUUGGCUGCCGAUAAGCCUGAACCGGAGCCCCUCAGCCCCCCCCCUGGACCGGUGUGGGUGAUCCCGGUCCACCCUCAGAAGGCAGCCCAUCCCCAGCAAUCAAGCCCCCGGCUACAGGUGCACCCUGCGGCGGUCAAUCCAAGAUGGCGGAUUCCACAUGGCUCCCAGCGCCAAACUCUAUCCUUGAUGACAUACUCACCCGGCUGGACAUACUGUUCCUGAAAUUCUGGCGGAGACUAGAAAGCAAGGUGAAUCUGCCUGACGCUACACAGCCAAAUACUCCCUUGCAUCAGAGCUUACCAAGAAAGGUUACAGCUCCACACUGGAGGAAGGACCCCCCACAACGUCUGCUCAAGCAGCAUACACAGCCCAAGCGACGGACAAAGAGGACGCCGAGGUCCACCAGGAAGUCCCCACAGAGAGUGGCACUGCCUAAAGCCAGGCUGACCGCAAAGGAGCUUCUGCACUACCACCAGGCACCUGCUGGAAAUGCCCUGCGACAGCUCACCGGGAGGCUUGCACAUCAACUGCCACGUGGGGGCAUCGGCUGA